GCUCUCUUGUUUCCUUGUCGAUGAUUCUACACGCUUCUUUUUAAAAUUACUCAAUUUUUAAUGCUAUUUUCUCUACGAUCUCCAAUGACUUUCUAAUUUCAGAAAUGCACUAGUAUUCACUAUCCUCCAGCGUUAAAAAUAUAAACACGCAGAUGUCAUUAAAUUCUCUCUCGAUCAUAAAAAAAAAAAAAAGAAAAAUACUCUCUUCACCUAGAAUUCAAUAUCUCCUAAGAAUCAAAGGAUUCAAAACAGUUCUGUCAAAGAAUUUGUACAGGAGGACAACACCUAGUCGGGUGAGCGCGGAAGCCCAAUCAGAAUUUUAUAUCAACUCCAAACACUUUUUGUAAAGCAACGACGAGCACUCUCGCAAAAUCAGCCGAGAGUAAGCAACCUCGCCGCACGCGUAUACUAAUAAGUAAUGAAAGGUACUCAAGAGUGUCAACAUAUUUCGUUACGAACUCGCGUCCAAAAUCAAGAACGAAAAUUCGUGUUCCCACAAAUAAUGAACAUGCAUCCUAAAAACCACAGAAUCUACACGAAAGCCAAACAAUUCGAACAAGAAUCGACUCUGAAAGCCUCCAGGGACCUGUCAACGAGCCAGACCUAACAGCAAAGAACUCUUCCGUUCAUCCGACUUCUGGCAACGUCCUCGGCCGUCCAAAUACGCGUUACCGUUCCACUGGCCGGUCGCCGUACAACGAGAACGGUUACCCGUUCUCCGAAACUCCGCUCUCUUAAGAAGGCAUACGGCCACAAUGGCUCGGCGUUAGAACUGCCAAGUAAGAGCAGGGAGCCGUCGACGUACGCGGGGCAAGUUCCGUUUUCCCGUGGCCGUCCAUCCUCGCAUGCCAUCGUGUACGACGUACCUGACGCGCGCUGCCAAUCGCGUUCGCGUACAUACACGCUUCUACGCGCGUUCGACCGCGUGCACGCUACCACAGGGGCGGGUGAUGAGGCGGGAGGGGGGAGAGCACAAAGAGGGAAGGUGGAGAGCCGUCGGCGAGGUCUAUGUGCCAGUGAAAUUUGAAUAAUUUUCCUUCGAUCGUCGAUUCCCGGCAUGCGCGACCGAAUAACAUAGAUUCGCGGGGGGCAAAUUAAAUAAAAGGGACGGGCCACUCCUCCGUCAGUCGCAGUUCGAUCGUCGAUCGCUCGCUCCUCACACGCAACGAGCGGAAUCGAUCGGUUUUUACACGUCGUUUCGCGAUCUAUACGCAGUCGCGAGAGGUUCGAGGACGAGAAGGGCCUGUGCAAGGAUAACACGAAAAGGAUGCUCAAGACGGUGCCGAUCAUCAUCCUGCUGGUUGGGAGCAGCCUGGCCAGCCAGGACUUCCUCUCCAGGUCCCUCAACGAGUGCAUAGCCGCGGAAUCGUGGUCGUCGUGUCUGAAACACGAGGUGUUGGGAUACCUGGACGAGAAACUCGGGACCAACACCGAAGCCAGGUCUCUGGACACCGUAGACGAAGCCAUCGUGGCCAGGACCUUCAAGUACCUGAAGAGUUUCGACUACGGCGUUGAUCUGCCCUUCGUUGACGCUAGUUUGAAGUACAGACCCAGCAGGAGUCUCGCCGAUCUGGAUGUGGAGUUCAAAGGGAACGAGGUCGCCACUAGUCAGGCUCGAGGGAUAUUGAAGAAGAAGCUGUUGUUGCCGUUCCUGUUGCUGCUGAAGCUGAAGAUGAAGGCUCUGAUGCCCAUCUUGGUGGCUAUCGUUGGAUUGAAAGCUAUGAAAGCUUUGGUACUCUCGAAACUCGCGAUCCUCCUUGUCGUUGGCUUCAUCGCCGUGCAGUUCUUGAAGAAGGGUGGGAUGGCGAUGCCGAUGGGAAUGUCGAUGGAACCAGCUUCGCCAGCCUACGGAGCUCCUCUGCCCUCGACCACGUCGAGCUAUGACCCAUCGGCGUCGUGGGACGGAAAUGGCCCCUAUUCCCGCGUCUGGACGCCAACCAACGGCGUGGAAGCUCAGAACCUAGCCUACUCCUACUACUCGCCUAACAGCGGCUCCAGCUCGUACAGCUCGCCCUCGUCCUCCUCGUCUUCCUCGUCGUCAAUCAACUCGGCCAGCUCCUCGAACUACUAAACCCAACGCGG